AUGCGUUUCCUGUCCUUACGCCUCAUCCCCUUAUCCACUAUCUUCUUGGCACAGAUCUCGAAUGGGCUUUAUCUCUUAAGAAAGAGGGCGACCAUUUGUAACGGUCAUGCUGAGCUUUGCGACCGACCAUACGGAAACACUACCUUUUUGGCCGCUCACAACUCUUACGCAUUCAGCCGAGACCCACUGGCUCUUGCCAGAGAUCAGGAAGUGGACGUCCUGACGCAGAUUAACAUUGGCGCGAGGAUGUUGCAAGGCCAAGCACAUAUGAAAAACGGCCAACUUCAUUUUUGCCAUACUACUUGCAAUCUAUUUGACGGAGGGUUGGUGUUUGAUUAUCUGAGGAAAGUCAAGACCUUCCUGGACGCCAAUCCCUACGAAGUCUUCACCUUCAUCUUCACCAACCCAGAACAAGUUUCGAUUUCCGAUGUUUGGAAACCGAUUUUCGACCAGGCUGGUAUUUCCCCAAUCGCUUACACUCCGCCAACACGGUUGAUGAAGCGGGGCGACUGGCCCACUCUCAAAGAGCUCUUGGACGCUAACAAGAGAGUAAUCAUCUUCCUGGACGCAGGCGCGGAUGGAAGUGGGGGCGGAACUGUCGAUUUCAUUCUUCCACAAUUUCAAAUGGUAUGGGAAGACCCCUUCUCUCCCACCGAUAACGAGUUUCCGUGCAAAAUUGAUCGUACCGAUGGUCCCCUUGCCAACGACGACCACCUUCAUUUGAUCAACCACAAUCUCAACAAGAAUAUCGUACCCUGGAAUCUGGGUACAGUCCUUGUCAGCGACUUUCUCAAUGCACCGAAAACUAAUGCGGUCUCUUCGAUCCUUAUGCACGCGAACAAUUGCGCUCCCUUCUCGCAGGGAAGAGCGCCCAAUUUCGUUCUUUUAGAUUAUAUCAAUAUCGGCCAAACGGCGCAAGCAGUCGACAAACUGAAUGGGUUUUAA